GCUCUUCCUCAGAUUCCAUCUCUUGUGACCCAAUGACAUGAACUUGGGAAGAGGCUGCACUGGGCAUGGUCCUGGAAGGGCUCACACCCAGACAUGGAUGGAGAUGGGGGUCUAUUGACAUUCAGGGAUGUGGCCAUAGAAUUCUCUCAGGAGGAGUGGAAAUGCCUGGACCCUGCUCAGAGGACUCUAUACAGGGACGUGAUGCUGGAGAAUUAUAGGAACCUGCUCUCUCUGGAUAUUUUUUCUAAAUGUGAGAUCAAGGAAUUACCACCAAAAAAGAAGAGUAAUACAGGAGAAGUAUUCCAGACGGCAAUGUUGGAAAGACAUGAAAGCCACGACAUACAAGAUUUUUGCUUCAGAGAAACCCAGAAAAAUGUACAUGACUCUCAGUGUCUGCAGAGACAUGAUGAAAGACAUUAUAAACGAGUGUGUAUGACCUAUAAGGAAAGUCUCAUUGGUAGAAGAGACAUGCAUGGUAGAAAGGAUGAUGCACAAAACAAGCCUAUUACAAAUCAGCUUGGAUUAAACUUGCAGUCACAUCUACCAGAACUGCAGCUAUUUCAAGCUGAAGGGAAAAUAUAUAAAUAUGAUCACAUGGAAAAAUCUGUCAACAGUAGUUCCUUAGUUUCCCCAUUCCAAUGUAUUUCUUCUACUGUCAAAACCCACAUUUCUCAUACUUAUGAAUAUAAUUUUGUGGAUUCAUUGUUCACACAAAAAGAGAAAGCAAAUAUUGGGACAGAACACUACAAAUGCAAUGAGUGUGGCAAGGCCUUUCAUCAAGGCUUACAUUUUACUAUACAUCAAAUAAUCCACACUAAAAAGAAGCAAUUUAAAUGUGAUAUAUGUGGCAAGAUCGUCAAUAAAAAAUCAAACCUUGCAAGUCAUCGAAGAAUUCAUACUGGAGAGAAGCCAUAUAAAUGUAAUGAAUGUGGCAAGGUCUUCAAUACUAUUUCACACCUUGCACAGCAUCGCAGGAUUCAUACUGGAGAGAAACCAUACAAAUGUAACGAAUGUGGCAAGGUCUUUAAUCAGAUUUCACACCUUGCACAACAUCAAAGAAUUCAUACUGGAGAGAAACCUUAUAAAUGUAAUGAAUGUGGAAAGGUAUUCCAUCAAAUUUCACACCUUGUGCAACAUCGGACAAUUCAUACUGGAGAAAAACCUUACGAAUGUAACAAAUGUGGCAAGGUGUUCAGUCGCAAUUCCUACCUUGUACAACAUCUGAUCAUUCAUACUGGAGAGAAACCUUACAAAUGUAAUGUGUGUGGAAAGGUCUUCAAUCAUAUUUCACACCUUGCACAACAUCGGAGAAUUCACACUGGAGAGAAACCUUACAAAUGUAAUGAAUGUGGCAAAGCUUUUAGUAUGCGUUCAAGCCUUACUAAUCAUCAUGUGAUCCAUACUGGAGAGAAACCUUUCAAAUGUAAUGAAUGCGGCAAACUCUUCCACGACAGUUCAUAUCUUGUAUGUCAUCAGAGAGUUCAUGCCGGAGAGAAAUCUAACAAGUGUAAUUAAUGUGGCAGAGUGUUCAGUUAGCAUUAAAGCCUUGCAAGACAUACAAUAAUUUAUACUGGAGAAAAACUUUGCAAGUAUAACGAAUGUAGCAGAGCCUUUAGUUUUUGUUCAAGGCUUAAUAACCAUUAGCUAGACCAUAGAGGACAGAAACUUUACUAAUGUAUUGAAUGUGGCAAGGCCUAGGUAAAAUCUGAGAUCAGGAUUUUUCAAAGAAUUCUUGCUGGUGAGAAACCUAACAAAUGUAAUGAAUGUGGCAAGGUCUUCUGGCACAAUUCUCACAUUGUACAAUAUUGCAAAAAUUCAUACUUUAGAGAGACAAAAACACAGAGUGGGAAACCAUUACGACUUCAAACAUUCAUCAACAGAGAAUCCAUCCUAAAGAGCAUUUAUAAUAAUUAUAUGUGAUAGAGAUUUUCGGCAGGCCAUAGUCUUACUAGGCAUCAAAAACUCUUUGGAUGAAACCAUACAAAUGUAAUGUGCAUGCUUAGGCUUUUACCCAGGCAUCAAAACUGGAACAUCACAGGCUUUAUACUGGAGAGUAACUACACAAACAUAAUGAAUGUAAUAAGCCUUUCAGUGUAAUAUUCAUGAUUUUGUCAUGAGAGAUCUACUCAAUAAAAACCAGGCAAAUGUAGUGAA